GAUGUACAGAAACAACGUUGCUAUUAGCAACUAGUAACGAAGUAACAAAAAUCAGCAGGUGCACGGCAGCGGAAACAAGUUAUUAGAAAUAGAAAUGGAAGGAAUUUCAUUGCAAGAAUCAGAGGAAUUGAAAGUUACAUCAGAUGAUCCAAAUGAACGGAAACUCGCGCGCCGCCAGCGCAUUCAAAGGCGAUUGGAAGCUGCGAAAAGGCAACAUAUUGUUGAUGAAGAAGAGGUGCAGGAAGAGAAAGGAAAGUCACUGCUUGAUGAGCAAGUGGAAAACAGUGCAGAUCAACUUGAAAAACUGUUGUUGGAAGGACGUGAACUGGUAACAAAUGUUCGAGUAGCUAGUGAUUCUCGGGAAGUUAAGCAUCGUGAAGAACUUGCUAUUGCAAGAGAAAAAAGGACAAAGGUUGUAGAGGAAGAAGCUGAAAAAAGUCUGAAGAAAUUUGAAGAAAUUGACCAAAAAUGGUCCUCUAUACUGGUGUCAAAGGAUCCACUUGAUAUUCACCAUGCCAUGGAAGAACAGAAAGUAAAGUGUAGGGAACUCAUUGAGCAAAAAAACAUGCUAAUAGAAGAGCUGCGUCAUGAAUUGAAACAAGCAGAUAUCCGGUUUCAUGAAGAUCAAAAGAAACAAAAAGAUGACGUUGUCACUCUGGCAGAGCGAAUUGACAAUCAGGUUAAUGUGAUGAGACGUGCAUAUCGGCAAGAACUAAGGCUAAUUGAGCAAGCCAUUGAAAUUGAAAGGAAACAGCUACUUGAUACUAAUAAGAAGAGGUGGGAUCCGUUGUACAGUGAACGUGAAACAGAAGAAAUAGAAAACAUGGAAAAGAAAUUUCAACAAGUUGCUGAAUUCGAAGAGGAAAUGAGAAAAAUUGAUCUUGAACAUGAAGAAAAUUAUAGAGAGUCAAAGAUAAAACUAGAAACAGACAUACAGAUAUUGCAGCAGGAGUUGGAACAAAUUAAAGCCUCAUGCUUGCUCAACAGUGAGAAACUUGAUUACAACUACCUAAUUCUAAAAAAACGAGUAGAUGAAAAUAUCAUACUGAAGUGCCAGCAGAAACGUCAGAUUAACAAGCUGCAAGGAAUGGUGAAUUCUCUGAAGAAAAAUAUUGCUGAAAUUGAAAAUAUCACAAAAAAUGAAUCUGAUCAUCUAAGAAAUGAUAUUAUAAAACUUCAUGACAAAUUAAUGAAGUUAGAUGAACGAACUGAUUACCUUUCUCAAAUAAAUGAUACCAAGUAUCACCAAUUAUGGGAUAUGAAUCAGGAGAAAGCCACAAAACUCUUACAAAAGAUUCUGGCAGCAGACAAAUUUAUUCAUGAAGAACUUUUGGGACUGACAUGGGUUCCCCCAGACUUUCCAAAAAUGAAGAAAACUGAUUUACCUUCGUAUCAAGCAGCAGUAAAAGCUGUUGACAAUCUUACUGAGAAAAAAGUGGAAUGUACGGGUGCUGAUGUACAAAAGAAGAUACACUCUGAUAUUGACACUUCUGAUGAUAAUACCAAUAUGUUACUCAAGCAUAUUCUACAGAAAAUUGCAGAUGAGUCUCAGUUUUUGAUUGAAGAAUGCUUGAAUAAAUUACUAUUUCUACACAGAAAAGAUGGGAAGACAUUAGUAAAGCUUGAUAAUGUGUUCAGUGCACUAGGUGUGACCAAGAAAGAAGACAUUAUGCUGAUGAAGGAAUUCUUCUUGCCAUACACUUUCUGUCCAAUAUGUAGUGAUCUUAAAGCAGAUGAAAAAAAAAGUGAGGAGGUUACUUCUGAAAAAAUUGACAGUAUGUACAGGCAGGAGCAGGCAGUUGUCUAUUUAGUGUGUCCACAGUGCAUAAAAGAAAAAUGGUUAUGGUUGAAUAUCGAGAAGAUAUGCUUUCCAGUAUGCUGCAAUCAUGAUUUAUGGCUCAAAACAAGCAGUUUUCAAAGCAGUUUCAUUAAUUGUAGUGAAAAGUGUUGCAGUAGUGAAGCUGCAAAAAAGAAAAAAAACUGUGGAAGUUUUGUGAUUCACAGUCUUGGACUCUGGUUCAGUCCACAGAAAAAUCCAAGAUAUCAGGUGGCAGGGAGUUCAAAAAUGCAAGUGGACGUUGGUGGGACAUUUCAAAAAUGCAGGAUGGUGGGAACUAACCCAGAUGUGCUGUGUUUCAGGAUAAAAGAUAUUUGUUGUAGUAUUACAAUUACUAUUUGCAUAAAACAGUGUUAUGUUGAAAGACAUUUGCCUCUGUAUUGCCAUCAGUGUGGUGUUACAAAAAGAAAAAUUGUAACAAAUUCCUCCAUAUGUUGUUGUGUUACACAACAUUAUAACAAACUGCUGCAUUUGCUAGCAUUUAUAGUCAUGACAAUGAGAGGAACAUGUAUAACAAAUGAUAGACUUCAUAAACAGAAGAAGAGAUACUUCUUCUUCUUCUUCUUUUACAGAGAGUUGCCCUGCAUGUCAAAUAUUGGUCAUCUAGCUGGGCACUAUCUUAUUACAGCAGAAGCAGGUAUCAAACAAACAGAGGCACUUAGGAAAAAGAAGUGGCAGAACAUAUGCACCAAUGAAUUAAAAAAUGCACAUAUAAAGCAACAUUUGAAACACUGGGGCAGAAAGAAAGUGGUGCCCACAAUGGUGGACUCAAAGCAUUGGAGAACAAGUGAACCUAAAAAAGAUGUUGAGGGUGACAAGGUAGAGAAAAUAACUACGGAAGAGGUGCAGAAGGUGCCUACACAAAUGGAAAUUGGGAAAUCACCAGAAUUACUGAGUCAAGAGUCUGGAGAAACAGCUGUGCCACCUAGUGAGUCUGUGGCAUCAGUGCAAAGUAUGGAUGAACAGAUAUCAGAGGAAUCUCACCCUGGUAGUUCACAGCAUGUUGAAACACAGCCCACCCCUGAACAAAAGCCCAUGAAAUCAUCACCUCCUACUGUUGAGGAGAUGGCAUUACAAAAGGAUAGAACAAUGGAUUGCGUAUUAACACAUCACGUGAAAAUAAAUCCAGUGUAUGUUCUGAAAGCCCUUAGAGAAUUUAUAAGUGAUUUUAGCAGCAAAAGACAACAAACAUAUGUUAAUCUUGAAUCACGUUUAUCAAGGAAAAGAGAUACUGUGUCAAGGCUCUUGUCAACAGAUGAUGUAACAGCAUAUUGGAAGAAGUUUGAAAACAUUUUUUCUCCUAAAGCAAUACAGUUAUGGGACUGUUUAUACACAGGGCUGCAAAAAUAUCAUUGUGUAUUGAAAGAACGUCAUCGACUGAACGUAGAAACUCAGCAACUCCAACACCAGAACACAGAGUUGCGGAGGCUCCUGCGAGGUUACAUACUGUCACCGGGAAAUGAAAGGAUGACACCCAUAUCAAAGAAAAUUUUGCCUCCAGUGUUCCAGCACAUAAAGAAGACUGAAGCAAUAAACUUUCAAGAAUAAAACAGAUGAAACCACGAAUACUCUGAAUGAUUUUAUAAAAUAAUCUCAUAAAAUACUGUAUACUCAAC